UGUGAUUGUACAGGCAAAUGGUGGACGAGUAUAAAAGCAAACGUUUGAAGUCAAACAUAUUUUAAAAGCGAAAGAAAUUGUAUUGAGAUAUGUUGUGUAUUUAUAAAUAUUUGGAAGCAUAACGAUAUCAUAUUGUAUAUUAUUUAAAUACAUAAAUUGCAUGUUGAAAUCACAUUUGUUGCAUAUAUAAACAUUAGAUAAUCGGUUAUAGUGCAGAAAAAAACGAAAUAAUCGUCAUAGUGAUACGCAAGUGUUAUUCAGAUUUACUUUACAAUUUGUAUACAUAUGUACGAGUAUAUAAGUACAGAAAAAGGAGAUAACAAUAUAAACACAAUAAAUUUACUUGAAAACAGAAAAUUAUUCUUCAAGAAAAUAACUGAGCAACAACCACUUUGUGUAGUUACCUAGGGCAACCGUGUGGAAAGCGUUGCUGUUUAUUUUUCUCAACGUGUGGAAAAAUUGAAAAUUUCCCAGAACGUACAAGACACUGCUACAAAUAGACGUUAUUUGGUAAACGCGCAAUUGAAUAGUUAUUUCACAUUUCUAAACUAUAACAUUUGUAAGAUAAUUCAUUCGAUUAAUUUUGUUUUCGCGAUCGCCACCUGUUUGCUAACCUCACUUACGCGAUUUUUUUAGUCCAAAACAGUUGGACGCAUACCGUUUUUGCGAAUACCACGCCGUUAUCAAUCAAAAUUCAGCUUAGACGUGAAGUGCACGCCAUAAAAGAAGGCGUUACCAUGUUACAACACCAUCCUCAUUCCAUACCACUUGCUGCGGCACGCAUAAAGGAAGAAUCUGCUAGCAAUCCAACAUUUUUCUUUCCACACAGCAAUCCCAUUGAUAAUGCUGCUGCAGCUGCAGCCGCAGCCGCUGCUGGACUCAUCGAUCAACAACACCGUGACCUACACAAUGUGCUGGUCAAUGCUGCGGCUGUAAAUGGUACAUUGACCAAUACAGCAGCUGCAGUGCUAAAGAGUCAAUCGGCUCAACAACAACAAAAUAGCGCUGCUCAACAGACAGCCCAAGCACAAGCUGCAGUAGCAGCAGCAGCAGCAGCACAGGCGCAACAACAGUCACAGCAGAAUACUACAAAUAACAACGCUGCCGCACAACAACAACAACAGCAGCAACAACAACAACAGGGGCAACAAAACACCAUGGUACUGUUGAAUGGUAAUGCUGGAGCAGUUGCUGGUGGUAAUAAUGGUACCGCCAAUGGUGCUGUUGUAAAGGGUAGUUCUUCUGGUAGAUCGACGCCUGUCAGUGGCAUUUCCACCACAGAUCCAGCACCAGGCAAACUUUUUGUUGGCGGUCUUAGCUGGCAAACAUCGUCGGAAAAACUAAAGGAAUAUUUUGGAGUUUUCGGCACCGUCACCGAUGUGCUAAUCAUGAAGGAUCCCGUAACACAGCGUAGUCGCGGUUUUGGUUUCAUAACAUUCCAAGAGCCCUGUAGCGUUGACAAAGUGCUACAGGUGCCCAUACACACACUGGAUGGCAAGAAGAUCGAUCCCAAGCAUGCCACACCCAAAAAUCGGCCACGUCAAGCCAAUAAAACAAAGAAGAUAUUCGUUGGCGGCGUUUCACAAGACACCUCCGCCGAUGAGGUGAAAGCCUAUUUCAAUCAAUUCGGUACUGUGGAGGAAACCGUCAUGCUGAUGGAUCAACAGACGAAACGUCAUCGCGGUUUCGGUUUUGUUACAUUCGAGAAUGAGGAUGUUGUGGAUCGCGUUUGUGAGAUACACUUUCACACUAUAAAAAACAAGAAGGUCGAAUGCAAGAAAGCCCAGCCCAAGGAGGCUGUCACACCAGCUGCUGCACAACUGUUGCAGAAACGUAUUAUGCUGAGCACAUUGGGUGUGCCUAUACCGACAGCACAGGGUCAAUUAAUUGGUACACGUGCCGGCGUCACCACAAUGAGUUCAUUGGCCAUGUUGCAAGGGCCGUCACCAUUGCAAUUGCAUGCCGCUAAUGGCGCUGCAGCCGCUGCUGCACAACAGGCAGCGCUCAUCUCGCAGUCACCCUUCCAAGUACAAAAUGCCGCCGCCGCUGCGGUCGCCGCCAAUCCGGCUAGCUUUGGCAAAUUGCUUACCACAUAUCCACAGGCCUUGCACAGCGUCAGAUAUGCACCAUAUCCCAUACCGACGAGUGCUGCCGCCGCCAACGCCUUGGUACAGGCGCAACAGCAACAUGUCGCGGCACAACAGCAACAGCAUGCGAAUGCUGCUGCUGCCGCUCAACAGCAACACACUGCCCAUGCCCAUGCCGCCGCUGCUGCCGCACAGCAACACAAUGCCGCCAAUACACAAGGCGUAUCCGCUGCACAGAGCGCACACAGUGCGCUUGCCGUUACCGGCCCAGGUGGCGCUGCGAAUGCGCAUGGCGCUCAGGCGGCACAUCAUCCGCUUGCCGCAGCCGCUGCACAACAAGCGGCUUUGGUCGCCGGCAAUCAAUUGAGCGCGGCAGCCGCUGCAGCCAAUCCAUAUCAGAGCUAUGCGCUAACCAAUGUGGACAUGUCCAGCUUUCAGGGUGUUGACUGGAGUCAAAUGUACGGCAUGGGCAUGUAUGUCUAAAGCGUAGCAUACGAAGUUGAAUUUAUUUAAAAAAAUUCGAAUUGUGCGUUUUUUUUUUUGUUUUUUCGCUUGUUUUUCAACAACCAAAUGUGGAGUGUGCAGAAGUAAAAAUACUCUUUAUUGAAAAAAAAAGCAAAUAUAUUUAUAUUUAUGGAAAUAAAUCCAUUUCAUGCUUACUAAUGCAUGCGCGCCAAGCCACAAUACAUUUCUUUAAACGCACGCUGUAAAUAUGUGUGUGUGUGUGUGCGCGCAUGCGCAUUGCAACAAUUACAACAAUUUGUGAUAAAUGCAUAGUUCUUGUUGUAAGCGUGAGCAUUGAAUUUUAUUAAUUAAUUUAGUGAGACGCUGACUACGACAUACAUACAAUUUAAGUUCUCAAUAUCAACUUGAAUUAUAUUUAAACAAACAAAAAAGAAGAAAAUAAAAACACUACAAAUGUGUAUAAAAUGCUUAUUAUUAACAUAAUUAUUACAUAUAUGAAUUUAAGCAUACAAGUUAUGCGUGCGCUCUAUUUUUUUUGUUUUUGCUAGUUAUUUAGCUCAAGCCAACAUAAAGUAAUAAGCUCAUUUGCAAGCGCAUGCUACAAUAAUGUGGCAAAAAAGCGCCAAAGAGAUUUGCUUAACACCCAAAAGUGCGCGAAAUUACGCGUUUUUUGUUGGUAACGAAAAAAAGGCCAACGCAUAGAUUGCAAUAAUGAAUAAUUAUUUGAAAAAAGACACACUCUAGAGAGUAAAACAGCGCUAAAUAGCUCACCAGCUGCAGUGCUAUGCGCAUUAUAAUUAAAACUGCAAAGUAUAAACAUACAUGUAUUUAGUUAUAAGUGACUCAAAGCAAUGAAUACAUACAUAUAUAAGAAAAGAUAAGACAUGAAGGCGAAAUUUCAGUAUGCGCAACAUUUUAGUGGCGGCAAAUGGCAAUUUCUUACAUUUUGCGCGCGCAUGGCCCAAAAUUCAUUUGUCAAUUUCAGAAGUAAAACUCAAUGAUAUAUGUAAAUUGUGUAUUUGUUAUUGUUAAACAAAUGCCGCACUUAAGUAUUAUUACAAAAAAAAAAAAAAAAUGAAGUAAAAAAUUUUGUGUGCGCAUGCGAACAAUUUGUUCUGCGCCAAAAUAAUAUAAGCGCAUGUACUCAAGAAAAUAAUAAUAAUAAUAAAAAUGUUGAAAAAUUAACACAUAUAUAUAUAUAUUUAAUUUUAAGCAUCUAAGCAGAGCAUUAAACGAAGUAGCAAAAAAAAAAAACGAAUACAACAAAAAAUGCUAAAGUAAUAUCUACAAAUGUUAUACCUUAUAACCGAGUUGCAGGCAAAGUUAAAAAGUAAAAAAAAAAAAAAAUUGAACAAAAUAUAUUGCAAUUAAUGAAAAGCAUAUAUUAA